UAUUUUAUUGGUAUAAGCUAGUAAUAUUGCCACUCCUUUUGUUAUAUACUCUCAAAUUUUGUUUAGAUGUUCUAAUAUUUGUUAGCUUAAAAUUAUUAACUAAGAGAUCUCAUUGGGAUAAGAUAAACCAAUUAGGCUGCGAGGGUCAAUGGGUAGAUCGGUAAGCGUGGGUGUGAUUGGAGCAGGAGUAGCUGGGCUCUGCGCAGCCCGCGAGCUAAAGAGUGAGGGCCACCGAGUCGUUGUCUUCGAAAAAGGCGACCGAAUAGGCGGCACGUGGGUUUACGACCCACGUGUGGAAUCCGACCCGCUCAGUCUCGACUCCGCACGAGACAUCGUCCAUGGCAGCCUCUACCGAGCUCUACGCACCAACCUUCCCAGACAGCUCAUGGGAUUCCUCGACUACCCUUUUUCAAAGCGACAAAAUGGGGACUCCAGAACCUUCCCGGGUCACGAAGAAGUACUCUGGUUCCUCACCAAGUUCGCCCAUGACUUUGGACUCGUUGGGUUGGUUCGGUUCAACACGGAGAUCGUUCGGGUCGGGCGAGUUGGCGAGAGGAAUGGCGAGUGGCUUGUUGAGUCGAUGACUCGGGGGAGUGACUCGGUGAGUGAAGUGUUCGAAGCUGUGGUUGUAUGUACUGGGAACUUCGUCGAGCCGCAUAUCCCUGCUCUAGUGGGCAUAGAGAAGUGGCCAAGAUAUCAAAUUCAUAGUCACAAUUACCGUGUUCCUGAACAAUUUCGAGGACAGAUUGUGGUUUUGAUUGGAUUUGGAGCUAGUGCUUUUGACAUCUCUAGAGAUAUAGCUACUGAAGCCAUCGAAGUUCAUAUUACCGCAAGGAGUCUUGAUGUGAAAGUGGGAAAGUUGGAAAACUACAACAAUAUAUGGCAGCAUAUGAUGAUAGAUCAUGUUUGUGAAGAUGGUAGAGUUGCUUUUCAAGAUGGAUCCUCAGUUUGUGCUGAUACCAUUUUCUAUUGUACUGGGUUCAAAUAUCAUUAUCCAUUUCUUGAAACAAAUGGAAUUGUAACGGUUGACGAAAACCGUGUUGGACCCUUAUAUAGUCAUGUCUUUCCUCCAAGCUUGGCUCCAGGACUCUCCUUUAUUGGUAUACCUGUAAAGGGUCUACCCUUCAACACAAUAGAGUUACAAUCCAAGUGGAUAGCACAUGUUUUAUCUGGUAAAGUGUUUCUGCCAAAAGAAGAGGAAAUGAUGGCUUCUACUAAUGACUUCUACAGGCAUAUGCAGGACCUUGGGUUGCCAAAACGCUCAACUCAUUUCCUUACACCAUAUCAGACUGGAUACCAAAACUGGCUAUGUGCUCAGAUUGGAUUGCCUCCACUGGAGAACUGGAGAUACAGGAUGUACGAAGAGAGCAUCAAGAAUAUAAAAGAAAUCCGAGAUGGAUACAAGGACCAGUGGGAUGACACUUACUGGCAGGGAAUCAUCAAGAAGCGCCUCUGAAUGAACAUGCCUUAAAUUCUGAAGUUAAAUCUGAGCUACUAUCUACUUCCUUCGUCCAGCUUUGGAUUAUUUCAUCUUGUAUUGUGGAGCUUACUCAUUUGAGGUUGUUAUAUUUUGUCACUUUCCUGCAUUGUUGAUUUGAGCUGGUUUAAGGACCAACACCAUGAAUAAUCCAUUUAGUCACCAGUAAUUGAACAUGACAAAGAAUUCCCUGUAAAUGAACAGGACUACGUCAACACCGAGCCAUGAAUUAUCAAAGAGACAUUGGAUUGAACCAUAAACUGCCUAUACUGAACCAUGAAGUGCCCAUAUAAUUAGUGUUUCAGGAGAUCAGAGUUUCCAGGAUCAACAUUGUGUAUGUAUGUUAAUAUAUGUGUAAAUUUGAUGCUUGGUUUGAGGGGUCAGGCUACUUGAUUCAAGUCACUUGAUAAUUUAUACUCUUGCAGCAGAGUGAUUCUUGAUGCCUCUUUUGUGUGCAUUAAAGCUCUCUCAUGUUCUCACUUUGAGAGUCAUCUUACUUUAUAUUGUCUUGAUUUCAAAGUACGAAUACCGUAUCUGUUCUAAU